AUGUCUGAAGACGGUGAUCCUGACGAGGAUGCUCCCGUAUCCUCAAAACCUCGAUCAGCUCUUGUCGAGAUCCGGAUGGUUAACAUAAGCUUCCCCUUCGAGCCCUAUGAGUUACAGAAGGACUACAUGUCAGCCGUUCUCGAAUGUUUACAAAAAGGUUGGAACGGACUCCUGGAAAGCCCCACCGGAACCGGAAAAACUCUGAGCCUGUUAUGCUCAUCGCUAGCAUGGCUGGAAGAUCGCAAAGCUGCAAUGCAGCUGAAUUACGCCGGAGGCUCUCUGCCAAAACUGAGUGCUGCAGAAACUCCGACGCAGACCUCAUCGUCAUUCGAUUUCUAUCCCCAAGUUCUCUAUUCAUCACGAACUCAUUCCCAGCUCUCCCAGGCUAGCCGCGAACUCAAACGAACCAAAUACCGGUACAUGAACAGCGUCGUGCUCGGUUCCAGAGAUCAGUUGUGCAUAAAUCCUGAGGUGAACGGAUUGCCGAACUCAGCCCAGAAAAUCCGCAAGUGCCAGAUCCUGGUGAAUUCGAGAGCUUGCGAAUACCAUCGGAACUACGAGACCAAAGUCAGUCACGAAGACUUCACCACAAAUCACGUCGUCGAUAUCGAAGACCUGGUGACCCUCGGAAAGAAGCACUGCUGUUGUCCGUACUACGCCACCAAGAUAUUGAGGAAGAAAAGCGAUGUCGUGUUCGUACCCUACAACUAUGUUGUUGAUCCUUCAACGAGACGCGCUCAAGGCAUUGGGCUCGAGCGGAACAUCGUCAUAUUCGACGAAGCUCAUAAUAUUGAGUCGUUCUGCGAGGACUCACUCUCGUUCGCGAUGUCUUCAACCGACAUGGCGGGUGCGAUGAAGGAAAUCGACGCGGUGGCUCAAAACCUUGCCAAUUCGGAAGAAGCGGACAACAUGGAAUUCAACGUCGCUGAGCUCUCGGUGCUCAAGUCCAUGCUGGGCGAGUUGGAAACCCGAUUCGACAAAGCCGCUGAAACGGACAAGCAUUACGAUGGGGAUUUCAUCGUAGAAAUGCUGCAAGCCUCAGAGAUCGAUGCCCAGCAUGAGCGGAUCACGGGCCUGCUGGACUCGUUGCUGAAGUACAUACAGAGUAUCUCGUCUCAGGGUCCGUGGGGUCCGAAGGGGAUCGGUUUACAGAAAGUUCUUGAUAUGCUGUCGACCGUGUACUCAGGUGGCACCGCACAGGAGCUUCGCGAGAGUUUCAAGUUAUUCUUCGAGCAUCCCAAGGAGGGACCGAAAGAGGUUUUUGUGGUUGAGCGGAAGAAGAAAAAAUGGGAACUACAUUUCGUGUGUUUGGCACCAGGCGUGCGUAUGAAAUCUAUAGUUCAAGCCGGAGUGCAUUCUGUGAUACUCACGAGUGGAACCCUGUCUCCUAUGGGAACCUUGGCGACAGAACUUGGUAUCCCCUUUCAGAUCCAAUUGAGUAACGAUCACAUCAUAACCCCGGACAAAAUUCAAGUUCUCUGUGUGCCGAAGGGACCCGAUAAUGUGGAGUUAAUUUCAACGUACCAGAAUCGUUCUAGCGAGAAAUACAUCCGAAGCCUGGGUCUCACGCUGAACGAAAUGUCCCGCCGAGUACCUCACGGCGUGCUGGUCUUCUUCCCGUCGUUCGCUUGCAUGAAGGCGCUCGUAGAAAAAUGGGAGGAAUUCGGCAUUAUGCGGAGGCUGAAGGCCCACAAAAUGCUCCUCCAGGAAGAACCUGGAUCUUCGUCCUUCAAUUCCACGAUACAAUGCUACAGAGAUGCAGUCAUCAAUAACGCUCAAGGUGCCAUGCUGUUCGCUGUGUGUCGCGGGAAGAGUUCUGAAGGUGUGGAUUUUUCGGACGAAUUCGCUCGAGCGGUCAUCAUAGUGGGUAUUCCGUACGCCCCACGACAGGACAAUCGAGUCAAGCUGAAAAUUGACUAUCUCAACAAAUAUGGCUCCGACGGUAUGAAUGGCAACACCUGGUAUCAGAUUCAGGCGAUUCGUGCAAUCAAUCAGGCCAUCGGUCGGGUCAUCCGACACCGAAAUGACUUCGGAGUCAUUUUGUUCCUGGACAAACGCUUCGCCGAGCAGGGCACGAUCUCCCAGCUCUCUAAAUGGGUCCGGAAUCGCGUGGAUACCCUCCGAGAAUUCCGGAAAGCUAUCGUCGGCGUUUCUAGUUUUUUCCAGGCCCACAACGAGUGCGUUUCGAGCCGACUGACGUCAUUUUCGUCGGGGAACGCAGCGUUCGUAAACAGCUCCCACAAAUUGCCGUCCAAUGGGGAAAGAUCUGAGAGCGAGGGACCGUUAGUGGACGUGAGAGAAGAGCUGGAGAAGCAAAGCCAGAAGCUGGUGGAGAUCUACGGAGCUGGGAAUUCUGCGGGAGCUGUCACAGACGUUCCGAAGGGGAAGAGCGUACUUGAAGCUGUGGAACAAUUUUCGAAGCAGAAACAAAGCAGCGCUCUUGAUAACCUGCCCACCCUGUUCGAAUUGAAGAGGAGAUCGGCACCCGGCCCUGCUCUUAAGAAGGACGAUAAUAAGAGACGGAAAUUGAACGUUCCACUGCACGAGAUGAUGGGGGACGGGGAUCAAGAAACGGAAUCUGCUCCAGAGAAGGUUGUGCUGGGGUCCCGUCGCGAUGAGGAACUAGUGGCCGCGAAAAGUGAGGAUGCCGUCGACAGCAGUCAAAGCAGCCGGAGGCAAGACACCAAAACAAUCUUGCAGAAUGUUUUCCAAGAAGUCGAGAAGGCCUGCCGGACUCCGGGACCGUGGCGGAAGCGCUUGAUAGGCUUCAUCAAGUCAUUGAGGGAGACCCGGAACUUCGAAACAUUUGUCGAAUCUCUCUCGGAGAUGUUCGUGGAAGCGGAAGCAGAUAUCUCCGUCGAACUACUCGUUUGCCUGGGGAAGUUUGUCGCCGAAAAUCGAUGUCGGUUCGGUCUGGAGAUUCUAGCGCGGGUCAAAUUGAGCGAGGAUCCCGUUCGGAGCUCCAGCUUGAAGAAACUUAGCAGAAACCUGAACACAUUCCCGUCGAAGUUUACUGUUAUACUGAUUCGUUGGGGACUGGAAGCCUCCCCAGAACUGGUCAAAUAUUUCGAACAGUUCCCGCCACCUGAUCUCAAUUCUGCCUCUUUCCGAUCAUUCUACGAGGAGAAGAUCCCGGCGCAGCGCGAAGCACUUGAAGCAGUGAAAUCCAAAUUGAACCCCGAGCAAUGUAAGUUCUUCCUGAGAGAGAUGAAGAAAUUCACCAUCGAGAAGCAGAUUACUACUCUGACAGAUAAUGCCGAGUUUCGCGCGAGGUUUAGUAAGCUUCGGGAAGAUAUUGUAAUUUUGUUCAAUGUAAAAUUUUAUGUGGAUUUCCUCUUGGCUAUGGGGGCUUCACGCUGA